CCUGCACCAGUGACCCCGCCAGAUCUCCGGUCGUCGCGGGGCUCUCUUCCUGGACCAAGCUGGCAAAGAGCUCAAUUGGAGCUCUCUGUUCCUCCGGUUCAGAAUGAGUCAAAAUCCAUAUCACUUUCUCGGAUCCCCUUCUGGGAGGCUGUUGCCAUUCGAUUGGCAAUCCUCGAUCACUUAGAGCUUGCUAUUCGCUCACUGUCAAAUAAUACUAUACCCUGUUCAUCCCCAACAUGGCCGAGGAGCUCCCGCUCGUCGACAUUAAGCCAUUGCUCGCGAGGCUCUGGCCGGUGGGACACCCAGACCCUGUCUCGCCUGAGGAGAUCGCCGAAGCUAUUUCGUACUUCUUCACGAACCAGAUAUCCGAGGUUCAGGCGGGCUCUCUUCUCAUGUGCCUACACUUUACCGGCCUCGACCGUCAGGCAGAGGUGUUGGCCAAGACGGCAGAAUGCAUGCUGAAGGCAGCAGCAAAGAUUGAUCAGUCGGCUGUUCGAGCAGCUGUUGAUGGGCGACGUAGGAGCGAAGGCGGUUAUGGGGGUGGGUUGGUCGACAUCGUCGGCACAGGAGGCGACUCACACAACACCUUCAACAUCAGCACCACUUCAUCAAUCCUCGCCUCCAGCCUCCUGCUCAUUGCCAAGCACGGUAACAAGGCCUCGACUUCCAAGUCCGGCUCUGCUGACCUGCUGAACUGCAUGAAACCUCUCGCUCCCCAAAUAGACCGGGUCCGCCCGGACACCAUCUCUUCGCUCUACAGCAAUACCAAUUAUGGCUUCCUGUUCGCGCCCGUCUUCCACCCCGGCAUGCGCUAUGUCGCCCCCAUCCGCCGACAACUCCCCUGGCGGACCAUCUUCAACCUGGUUGGACCCCUCGCCAACCCAGUGGACCUUCAUGACCCCUCUCAGGCGACCACCACCGCCACUCAGUCCUCCCUUCUUGAAGCGCGCAUGAUCGGCGUAGCACGCAAGGACAUCGGCCCGGUCUUCGCGCACGCCCUGCAGUUGGUGGGUGCGCGCAAGGCGAUGGUGGUCUGCGGCGACGAGGAGCUGGACGAGAUCAGCUGCGCGGGCAACACGCUCUGCUGGCGGCUCGGCCCGGACCCGUCGGAUCCGUCCAGGACGGUGACCGAGCACUUCUUGCUGCACCCGAAUGAUUUUGGCCUGCCAACGCAUCCGCUCUCGGAGGUCUCGCCCGGCAAGGAGCCCGAGGAGAACGCCGAGAUUCUGCGGCGGAUUCUGAGCGGGGAGAUGCCGGAUGACGAUCCCAUCUUGCACUUUGUGCUGAUCAACACUGCCGCGCUGUUCGUGGUGUCAGGGAUAUGCGAGGCGGAGACGAGUGAUUUGGGAUAUGGAGACGAUGGAGCUGUGAUAAAGGAGAGGGGCCCGGGGGGAGGACGCUGGAAGGAGGGCGUCAGAAGGGCGCGGUGGGCCAUCAAGAGUGGUGAAGCGGCCAGGCAGUGGGCGAUGUUCGUCGAGGUUACGAAUGGCUUCAGCGCCACUUAGACCUCGAGAACGGUAUACACAGCACAAAAGGCUUGAGCCGGUGGGCAAUAUUGGGCGGUUCAUCAUCGUCCGUAGCGAACACACUUGCCCAUGUAGGAUGGACCGGAAACGGAUAGCGGAGUCCUAGUUCAACAUUUUUCAUAUAAAUACAGUCUCGAACCUGGAUA